AUACGGUAGUUCUUCCGGUUUCUCUCAAAUCUCAGAAAAGGCGGGGCGGAGAGUUGUAUGUCAUCAACCUGCGCUAGGCUGUCCCGCGACGCGCCGGCGGCUGGCGCAGCCUUUCGCUCGCCCGGCCUCCCCCUCCCCGGUUCCGCGCUCUGGUUCCGCCAUGGAAUCCAACAAGGAUGAAGCCGAGCGCUGUAUUAGCAUCGCCCUCAAGGCCAUUCAAAGCAACCAGCCCGACCGGGCUCUCCGCUUCUUGGAGAAGGCGCAGCGACUGUACCCGACGCCGCGAGUUCGUGUCCUGAUUGAGUCCCUCAACAAGAAACCACAGUCUACUGGUGACCAGCCCUCACCCACAGAGGAGGCCCACACGACCCACAGGAAAGCAGGUGGGGCAGAUGGCCCCUCAGCCAACGGUGAGGCCGGAGGAGGAGACAGCACCAAGGGCUACACUGCAGAACAAGUCGCAGCCGUGAAAAGGGUCAAGCAAUGUAAAGAUUAUUACGAGAUCCUGGGGGUGAGCAGAGGGGCCUCAGAUGAGGACCUGAAGAAGGCAUACCGCAAACUGGCCCUCAAAUUCCACCCAGACAAAAACCAUGCCCCUGGUGCCACCGAAGCUUUCAAAGCCAUUGGCACAGCUUAUGCAGUACUUAGCAACCCAGAGAAAAGGAAGCAGUAUGACCAGUUUGGUGAUGACAAGAGCCAAGCAGCCCGGCACGGCCAUGGGCAUGGAGAUUUCCACCGUGGCUUUGAGGCUGACAUCUCCCCUGAAGACCUCUUCAACAUGUUCUUUGGUGGUGGCUUCCCAUCUAGUAAUGUCCAUGUCUACAGCAACGGCCGCAUGCGCUAUACUUACCAGCAAAGGCAGGACCGCCGGGAGAAUCAGGGUGACGGCGGGCUGGGGGUUUUUGUUCAACUGAUGCCCAUCCUCAUCUUGAUCCUCGUGUCAGCUCUCAGCCAGCUCAUGGUCUCCAGUCCGCCCUACAGUUUAAGCCCGAGACCGUCUGUGGGCCAUGUCCACAAGCGGGUCACCGACCAUCUGGGCGUUCUCUACUAUGUGGCAGACACCUUCUCUGAUGAAUACACAGGCUCCAGCCUCAAAACAGUAGAGAGGAACGUGGAAGAUGAUUAUAUCGCCAAUCUCCGGAACAACUGCUGGAAGGAGAAGCAGCAGAAGGAAGGCUUGCUGUACCGGGCCCGAUAUUUCGGCAACACAGAAAUGUACCACAAAGCACAGAAGAUGAGCACCCCAAGCUGUAACCGACUGUCAGAGACUAUGAAAUCCCUGGAGAAUUUUUGGUGACAUGCACUGAGCCAAGAUAAUGGACUGUAUAUUUAAAGAAAGACAUAAACGGAAAAAAAAAAAUUAAAAUGGAAUUGGAGGCCGAAUGCCGCACAACUGCCCUCUCUCUCACCCAAGCAAAUGCGGAAACCUCUUAGAAUGGACAGGAAAGCCUGCCAAGGGGCUGCCUCUCUGCUGGCUCAGCUCCAGCCUCCUCAUCGGCUCUCUCCUAGGAUACAGAAACCAUGGCAACGAAAGUAGAAUGUGAAACUUGAAGCACCGGCAGUGGGAAGGCUGGGGGGGGGGGGAGGGAGGGCUCCCGACUGCCUCUCUCCCUCCAGCCACCAGUUGUCUCUCCGUGGAAGCCAGUGAGGCGAUGGCUGGGAGUGCACCGCUCUCCACAGAAUGUGACUAUAGAGGAGUGUAUGUGUAUAUAUAUAUCUAUUUAUAUGAAAAGAGGCAUAUAUAAAGAGAUAUAUAUAUAUAGUCUUCUUUUUAAGCUAUGCAGAGAUUUGGUUAUGUUGUUUAGCUGAUUUCUUCCCUGUUUCAGGAAGUGAAGCCUGUUCAGGGGAGGCAACCUGGUCCUUCCGAAGGCUGGAUAUCGGCCGCAGCUGACAGCAUAACGAACAUGGGCUCAGACACUUAAUGUCCCCCUCAACCUCGGCUUAUUUUUGAUGGCAGUAGUAAUCAUGAUAGUAUAGAUCUGUAGGGAACUUUUGAAGGUUGCCAGGUUUAUGGUUAAGCUGUUGGAGAGUAGGCUGGGGGGUGUGGCGAGGAGGGAGGCAAGGGGAGGGCAAAAUGGCCCUAGAGGCAGAUACUGGGUCAGUUUUAGUCCAGGUAGAGUCCGGCUUGGAUGGGCUUUUUGUCCUGGUGCCCAGGAGCCCUCUGACCCACUGCCACAAAGAACAGCAGAAUCGGAGAGAGGACCAGCAGCUGCCUCACCACCUCCUCCCUUAGCCCUUAAAUGAGUUUUGCCUUACAGGUGCCACAGGGCCCAGUUCCAUUGUUGCCACUGGUUUCUCCUAAGCUGUGCAUCCAGGACUCUGGAAGGUCCUUGCUGCGAGAGUCAGCCAGGUGGUGGGAGCCCAGGGCAGCAGCCAACUCCUGCAAAAAGCCUGUGUCUGUUCACCUGUCUCUAACUCUCUGGACAUGCCAUGACCAGGGCUUCUCUUGCAGUUUGGACAGAGGAUGCACCUAAACCAGAGGGUUUUCCUAUCCCCUCCUUUAAACAAGGACGUUUUUCUCAAAACGUCAGUUGCUACCAGGGGAAGGGUGUGAGGUUUUAUUUAUUCCCACAGAUUAUACUGGGCCUUUAGGAAUUGCCGUGUUUCUCAUACUUCCUCUGGCGUCGGGUGUCAUUGAACCGGCCGUCUUCCAAAGCCUUACUUCCCCAAGCUGCCAGCCAGGAGUUUCACAACCAUCCUACCAAGUUUCCUCUUGGCUCUUUUUAAACCCACACCUUCCUCACCACCCCCCCAACAAAUAGGAUUCUUGCAGGGAAUGGAAGCUUGGUAAAGAAAUGUGAAAUCUGGUGUUGAAAACACAGUCCUAACCCCAUGAUGAAGUGACCACCAUCCCAGAGGACUGAUAACUGGAAACAGGUGAGAGUAUCCUGCCCUGGCCUGGUGCUCUUUCCUUGCCACCCUGACCAUCUGCUCUUGGUAGAUGUCCCUAGGUGGGCUGAGCCAUGUGCAAUAAGAACAUAGAUCCGAAAGGAUCCCCCUGAGAAGCUGUAUUUCUUGAAUUAGAAUUCUGAAAUUGUACAUCUAUAAAUAUAUGUUUAUUAUGUGCCUGGC